GAAAUUAUAAGAUUUUCAGAGAAAAUGUCUGUAAUAUGUCGAGCUGCCCAAGCAGUUGUUAAAUCUGGAAGAAACCUAAACCUCUGGUCCAACAGUAGGUCUCUGAGCCACUACCCUAUCGAUGAUCGUGUAAACGGUUUAACCUCGGAGCAGAUACAACUCAGAGAAACAGUGUUCAAUUUCUGCCAGAAGGAGCUGGCGCCAUUUGCAGACCAAAUUGAUAAAGAGGAUGAUUUCAAGGAUCGAGCCUCCUUCUGGAGAAAACUUGGAGACAUGGGUCUACUUGGUAUAACAGCUAGUAGUCAGUAUGGAGGGAGUGAUAUGGGCUACCUGGAUCACGUGAUAGCUAUGGAAGAGAUAAGCCGAGCUAGUGGUUCUAUUGCUCUCAGCUACGGAGCACAUUCUAAUCUGUGUAUCAAUCAGAUAAACAAGAAUGGAAAUGAGGCACAAAAAGAAAAAUAUUUACCAAAACUUUGUUCCGGGGAACAUUUCGGAGCUUUAGCAAUGUCGGAGGCCGGCUCAGGCUCAGAUGUUGUAAGCAUGAAAACCACUGCGGAAAAGCACAAGGACUAUUAUGUACUGAACGGCACUAAGUUCUGGAUUACCAACGGACCGUACGCCGACACCCUGGUGGUGUACGCACGAACUAAUCCAAACGCAGCUAAGCCUGCCCAUGGCAUUACAGCUUUUCUUGUAGAGCGAGGAAUGGAAGGGUUUAGCUCUAGUCCUAAACUAGAUAAACUUGGAAUCCGUGGGUCUGGAACCUGUGAACUUGUAUUCGAAAACUGUAAGGUUCCAGCAGAAAAUAUACUAGGAGCAGAAAACAGGGGAAUAUAUGUUCUAUUCUCUGGGCUGGAUCUGGAGAGAUUAGUUUUAACUGCCGGACCUUUAGGAAUCAUGCAAGCAGCUUGUGAUACAGCUUUUAAGUACGCGCACGAGCGUAAACAGUUCGGGGUUAAUAUUGGCGAGUUUCAGCUCAUACAAGCAAAGAUGGCAGAUAUGUAUACAAACCUUAACGCAUGCAGGACGUACACCUACAGUGUAGCCAGAGCUUGUGAUAAUGGAUACUUCAGCAACAAGGACUGUGCCGGCGUUAUUCUGUACGCUGCAGAGAAAUGUACUCAGGUUGCUCUGGAUGCUAUACAGAUAUUAGGAGGGAACGGAUAUAUAAAUGAUUAUCCAACUGGAAGAUAUCUCCGAGAUGCUAAACUCUACGAGAUCGGAGCUGGAACUAGUGAAGUACGCAGGCUGGUUAUUGGCCGGGCAAUUAACGCUGAGUACAAGUAAAUCAAGGUUUUUGACGGAACCGGUGACACGAUCAUCUGUAUACUUUUUGUGUCAGAAUUAAAGUUCGAAGCAUAGAAAUUAAAUUAAAGUAUGAAAUCUUUUGAAACUAAAAAUGAGAAACACUGUUUCUAGUAUUUUCAUUAUUUUCUUACAAAUGUUAAUUUGAUGAAGUAGAAGUAAAUAAUAGUUAUUUUAAAUCUUGGUGCUGUUAAUUAUUAUAUUAUCUAAUUGUUAUUUUUAUCGUAAACGUAUAUCUCUAGUCUCAAAAUCAAAAAUUAAUUGUAUAAAAUUAUUUAUUUUAAAACAAUAAUAGAAAGUUCUAUUGUCAACAUUGUAGCUCUCUAAAACAAAUCAAAUCUAAAUUUUCGAUUUUGAUGUAGAAUUUAAUCCUAAUCUCAUAUUAAAUGUUUUCUCAAUACUCGUGUAGUAACCUGUUCACCUGUUAGUGUCAAAAUCUAAAUAAAUGAAGCUGAAAAGUUAAAAGAAAAUCUUAAAACAUAUUCUUAAUGUUGUAAACAUGGUCUCAGCUUGUAUAGCGGACAAAGUAUAGGUUAAACUGUAAUAAGUUAUAUGUACAAUUUACAUUGAACAAAUGAACAUGAGGAAAUAUGUAAAAUGAAAUCGAAUCUUUACUGAAGAAGUGUUUCUUUUAAUCGUUUAUUUCAGA